AUGACUGACACAGGCGCAAAGUUUCACUCUGCCCUCUCAAUAACCAAUGUCAAAUCUCUCGUUCCCUUCACAUUGGACAUUGAAAAUGGUCCAUAUCAUUCAUGGGUGGCGUUAUUUAAGGUGCAAGCCCGGGUGCAUAACCUAAUGCAUCACAUUAUCCCCCCUACGGAGACCGCGGCUAAGGCCAAAAUUGAUGUCUUACGGGCAGCUGAUCCAGAACUCUAUGAUCGUCUUGAUGCGGCAGUCCUACAGUGGAUAUAUGGUACGAUCUCUCCUGAAUUACUUCAAGCCAUAUUGGUGAAGGAUGACACCGCGGCGAAAGCCUGGCAGAGGUUGGAGGCCAUCUUUCAAGAUAACAAGGGUUCCAGGGCAACCCAUCUCGAGGAAGAACUUGUUGUUGUCUCUCUCGAAAAAAUUUCAAGUGCGGAGGCGUAUUGCAACCACGUGAAAACCUUGGUGGACAGGCUGACUGAUGUGGAUACUCCGGUGGCAAAUAGUCUCUUUGUCUUGCGGCUCAUUGGUGGUCUUCCAGAGGCCUAUUCUGGCACGGUGGAUUUUGUCCAAAAUCAAGACCCAUUAACAACUUUUUAA